AUGACAAGUAACGACUUUGAAAACCUUCUCACAGCUAUUGGACCUAAAAUUGCGAGACAAGACACCAAUUACAGGCUAGCAAUACCUGCACGAGAAAGACUUGCAGUGACCUUGAGAUACUUGGCCAGUGGAGACUCUUACUCUAGUCUCAGUUACCUGUUUAAAGUGUCAAAAUCUACAAUUUCUGGAAUAAUACCUGAAGUUUGUGCAGCUUUGAUUGAUGAGUUGAAGGAUAAUAUAAAGCAUAUUAAUCAGCAGACCCCUCCUUCUCCCCGCACCAUAUAUGUGAUCACCGCCACCUAUCAGAGACUCGAACAGUUAGCCGAGCUCACACGUCUCUCGCAGACCUUGCGGCUGGUCCCCGCCCUUGUGUGGAUCCUCGUGGAAGACGCCACUGAGAAGACUGCGGCAGUAGAGAAGCUCCUUCUGAGGUCGGGACUUUCCUUUGUUCACCUUUUGGCACCCAUGCCAGAAGUUAUCAAGAAAGGAGUAAAAGAGAAAGCAAAACGGCCUCGCGGAGUGUCCAAUAGAAACCGAGGGCUGAAAUGGUUGAGAGCCAAUGCUACUUCUGGAGUAUUCUACUUCGCAGAUGAUGACAACACUUAUGACAUUAAGCUCUUUGAAGAGAUGCGAGAUACAAAGAAAGUGUCAAUGUGGCCUGUUGGAUUACUCAAUGGAGGGUUUGGGACACCGGUCGUGAGGCAAGGAAAGUUCGAGGGCUUCUACUCCGGCUGGCCUGGGAGGAGAAGUUUUCAAGUGGACAUGGCAGGAUUUGCUGUGAGCGUGGAGUUCCUACUUCAGAGGCCGCAUGCCCGAAUGCCAUACAAAGUUGGGUAUGAGGAAGAUUUCUUUUUAAGAAGUCUUAAUCCUCUCAAGCCAUCGGAUAUUCAAUGGAAAGCAACGAAUUGUACAGAGAUAUUGGUGUGGCACACGCAGACAAAGACGCCCAGCCCACAAAGACCCAUCGAUCUGAAUCUCUAUAACGGCACUAAUAUCCCGAUACUGUUCAAUAAUCUCUAAUCUACUUGUCUACUUAAGUCUACUUUUCAUAUUAAACCAAUUGACAUGUA